AUGUCCCAGCGACGUUCGAGGAGGUCGUUUGGGCCGCCCGACACGUCUGAGGGCGGAUCAGGCGCAGGCGAUGCGACGACCACCCAGCUGCAACAGUUCGACGAUUUCCGCCGAAGGCAUAGCAGGCAGAACCGCGAGAUCAUCAGCGAGAACAUUACGCGCAAGGGCUCGAUGAACAACCUCCAAGGACAGAUCGCGGAGCUCAAGGUCGAGCUGCUCGAGGUCCAGCAGGCCAACCGCUUCCUGCGCAAGCAGGUGCAGAAGGCGCAUAAAGAGUCAAUGCUUCUGAAGAGCCAGGAGACCCGCGACGCUCUUGACGCAGUCCUGGCUGCAGUCCCAGCCCUCCUGCAGUUGCGCGCCGCUCUGAACAAGCUGCCUGCUCCACAGCCGGUCGCCGGGCCCAGCUCGCUGCCGUACAAGCACGACUUUGGAAAUCCCACCGCCACCCGCCCAGCGGCGACUGCUGCAGAGUAUCACGAGCUAGAGAUCUUGGCCGAGGCAUCCGAGACUGAGACGCCUCCGCGCAGUCAGGGACGUCGCAAGUCGAGAGGACGCCCAUCACCCUCGAAGAACGGCACGUAUGGCUCACCCAGCCCCAAGGUCGACCGGCGGCAGGUGUACCUCGACCCUUCGUCACCCGUAACCUCGCCAAGCCCGAAACGCUCGACGCCAAAGAAGGACCGGCAGCGUCGGCGACGCGAGAGCGGACUGCUUCCUCAGCCGCCGACGGUGUCGCCAGCAGAGAUGUCCCCUCUGUCUGAGCCGCCCUCCGAAAGCCCCUUGUGGGAGGCCCAGUCGCGGCUCGAGGAGCAGGCUGUCGAGCAGGCCGUCACGCCAACGUCGAAGCGCCGGGACACGUCAAGCCACAUCGCCGCGUCCAAGGGCAAGAACCUCACUGCCGACUUGGCUGCCAUCGGCAAGGAGAGAGUGCCGCUCGGCGAGAGGACGCGCGCAGGCAAUACACCGGCCGCUGAUCUCGGCAAGCCGCUUCCCAAGAUGCCAUCGACGAAGAGUGCUCGAGGAUCAACCCCGCCUCCACCACCUCCUGCCCGCGAGCGUGCUUCUUCAACACCGCCUCCAACAUCGCCAUCGGCCGACGAAGACGGUGGUCGUAUGCGCCGUGUCCGCAAGAGUGUCAACUACAAGGAGCCGAGCUUGAAAGACAAAAUGCGCAACGAAUUAAACUCGGGCGUGCGCAGGAAGAGUACAUUGCCGCGCUCGUCAGCCAAGAUGUCGGGGCUGGGCAAGGUUGUGCUCGACGACAGUGACCUGCUGGGCCUCCCAGGGCAACCACAGCCCACCAAUUAG